AUGACGCGCACUUACGGAUACCAGCCUUGCCGCGAAUUUCAUAUUGUUGUCCUAGGCACCGGUGGCGUCGGCAAGAGUUGCCUAACUGCACAAUUCGUACACAAUGAGUGGAUUGAAAGUUAUGAUCCAACCAUCGAGGACUCGUAUAGGACACAGGUUUCUGUCGAUGGACGACAAGUGAUACUGGAAAUCCUCGACACCGCCGGUACGGAACAAUUCGUUGCCAUGCGAGACCUAUACAUGAAAGCCGGGCAAGGCUUCCUGCUAGUCUUCAGCAUCACCUCGCAAGCCUCGCUAGACGAGCUCAGCACGCUCCGCGAGGAGAUCAUCCGCAUCAAAGACGACGAGAAGAUUCCCAUCGUCAUGGUCGGCAACAAGGCCGACCUGCUGGACCAGCGAGCCGUCGAUCGCAAAGAGGCGUUUGCUAUCUCGCAGCAGUGGAAUGCGCCGUAUUAUGAGGCUAGUGCUAGGACGAGGACAAACGUAGACGAAGUCUUCGUCGACCUCUGCCGGCAAAUGCUCCGAAGAGACGAUAGCGGCCACAACGACGACGACUACGACGGCACACGCAACGGUGGCCUUGUAAGUGGUCCUGGUGGGUAUUACGGCCAAAAGCAAGAGGCAGGAGAUGGUGGUGCUCAUGGGUCCAUGAUGAAGAAGAAGCGCAGGAGAAAGAGGAAGGGCGAUCAUAAGUGCAUAAUCAUGUGA